AAGGUGAUGAUGGCACUUGAAAAUUCUAUGGGUAAUGAAGUGAAGCAGUUGGGGAUCAACCGCUUACAAUUUUUAAGGUUUUUAAAAGUUUUGAUCACAUAUUCUGUGCCCAAAUUCGAGCCUAAUAACAACGGUAGCGGUAGUGGAAUUUCUCUUUCUUCCAAUUCAUUGUGGUG